AGACAAAGGAUUACGCUUGAUUGAUAAGCAUAAUCACCGCACUGGCUCAGCGAAUUCUCGCGCGAUGUAAGACGCUCCUGAGCUGACAUCACCGGUUGCCAUGGCAGCACCCGCCCGAGUGGAAAAGAGGGGUGGCGCUACAGCAUCCCGCAGAGUGCGGCUGCUGCGGAAGAUAAGGGACGUUCCUUCUACCGUUAGCCUGAUUUCUCCCAAAAUGAGCGGCCUAGACGGAGGCAACAAGCUCCCUCUCGCUAAAACCGGCGGUCUCGCCACUGCCGACCAUGCCCCAGGAGAUCCGGACCUAAACCAGUGCCAGGGGCUGCCUGAGGAAACCGAGGCGGCACCGGCGAUGGCGAAUGCAGGUGAGGGCAGUUUGGAGACCGCUGCGGGGGGAGGUGCACUCGGGGAGCCUGUGGAGUGUGGCUUCGCAUUCUGCAUCCGAGUUGCCGGGAGCCGCGGCGGUGCAGCGACUGAAGCUGGAAAGGCGCCUUCCACAAAAAGCCUGGAAGCAGCCUCAGCCUCCGCGGCGGCUGACGACAGCCAGAAAAAUGGCUGUCAGCGUGGAGAGCCCCGCGGCCCUGCCGAGCAGAAGGCUCUAGAAGCCUGUGGCGCAGCGGGGUUGGGGUCUCAGAUGAUGCCUGGGAAGAAGGCCAAGGAAGUGAUGACUAAAAAGUGCGCCAUCUCAGCGGCAGCGGAAAAGGAGGGAGAAGCAGGGGCAGUGAUGGAGGAAAAGAAGGUGGCACAGAAGGAAAAAAAGGCGGUAGGAGGAGUGAAAGAGGAGGCGCGGCCCAGGGGCCCGAAAAUCAAUAACUGCAUGGACUCUCUGGAGGCCAUCGAUCAAGAGCUGUCAAACGUGAAUGCCCAAGCUGACAGGGCCUUCCUUCAGCUGGAGCGCAAGUUUGGCCGGAUGCGAAGGCUCCAUAUGCAGCGCAGAAGUUUCAUUAUCCAAAAUAUCCCAGGUUUCUGGGUCACCGCCUUUCGAAACCACCCCCAGCUGUCACCUAUGAUCAGUGGCCAAGAUGAAGACAUGAUGAGGUACAUGAUCAAUUUGGAGGUGGAGGAGCUUAAACACCCCAGAGCAGGCUGCAAAUUCAAGUUCAUCUUUCAGAGCAACCCCUACUUCCGAAAUGAGGGGCUGGUCAAGGAAUAUGAGCGCAGAUCCUCUGGCCGGGUGGUGUCUCUUUCCACUCCAAUCCGCUGGCACCGGGGCCAAGACCCCCAGGCCCAUAUCCACAGGAACCGGGAAGGGAACACUAUCCCCAGUUUCUUCAACUGGUUCUCCGACCACAGCCUUCUAGAAUUCGACAGGAUUGCAGAGAUUAUCAAAGGAGAUUUGUGGCCCAAUCCCCUCCAAUACUACCUGAUGGGUGAAGGGCCCCGUAGAGGCCCACCAAGGCAGCCAGUGGAGAGCCCCAGGUCCUUCAGAUUCCAGUCUGGCUAAUCUCUGCCCUGUGAGAAGCUUCUACACGAGUUUCCUUACCACUUCCUCUUGGGCCUAUGCUUGGCCAACAGCAUGCAGUCUUCUCUCUUCUUUCUCUUAAUACUGUGGAUUAUUUCGUCCUUUGAUUCUUCUGAAUCUUCAGUAAUCAGUUGAAAGAUUGUUGCUUACAUGCCUGUGUUCUUUCUCCUCUGAACCUUCAUGCUGUUCUACAUCGUAUUAACAUGUUCCAAGUGCAACGUCUUCUGCUUUCAUGCCAAGUACAUGAUGCUGUAGAUAUACUGUACAGUACUGCCUUUCUUUGCAUGGCUUGGCCCCUGUUUGUGACAUGGUCUUUUUCCAGGUUUUUAAGUGGUUCUCUACCACAGGAAGCUUGAUCUAUCUUUACAAAUAACUAGCUGGGCUUCGUACUUUAUGCUGGCUGUGCUCGUGGUACCCAUGUACUUAUGUUGAGUUUCUCCACU